CAUAAAUGGCCCACGCUCCGGGCCGCGGGGGAGCUGCCCACGCCAGUAUGGCUGCGCCCAGUUGGGGCGCGUAUGUUUCUUUCGAAUGUGGGUCUGGGCCGGCUCGUGGUGCUGGGCUUUAGGCAGUAAGUGGGCCUGGCAGCUGGGGUUCUCCGGGUGGGGACGUGGGAGGCGCAGGGACGCUGUGGGCGGCACGCCUGAGGACGGCGAGGCGAGGGCUGCCCCGGCGGCCUCCCGACGCGGCGCUCUUCUGGCGUCGGCUUAGCGGAUCUAGUUUCAGAAUGUUUGGGGAUCUUUUUGAAGAAGAUUAUUCCAGUGUGUCAAAUUAUCAGUAUGGAAAAGAGAAGAAAUUAAAGACCAAAGCUUUGGAGCCACCGGCUCCUAGAGAAUUCACCAAUUUAAGCGGAAUUAGAAAUCAGGGUGGAACCUGUUACCUCAAUUCCCUUCUUCAGACUCUUCAUUUCACACCUGAAUUCAGAGAAGCUUUAUUUUCCCUUGGCCCAGAAGAGCUUGGUUCAUUCGAGGAUAAGGAUAAACCUGAUGCAAAGGUUCGGAUCAUACCUUUACAGUUACAACGGUUGUUUGCCCAGCUUCUGCUCCUAGACCAGGAUGCAGCAUCCACAGAAGACCUGACUGACAGCUUCGGGUGGACCAGCAAUGAGGAAAUGAGGCAACAUGAUGUGCAGGAACUGAAUCGAAUUCUCUUUAGUGCUUUGGAAACCUCUUUAGUCGGGACCUCCGGCCAUGACCUCAUCAAUCGUCUGUAUCAUGGAACCGUUGUUAACCAGGUUGUUUGUAAAGAGUGUAAGAAUGUCAGUGAAAAGCAGGAAGACUUCUUAGAUCUAACAGUAGCAGUCAAAAAUGUGUCAGGUUUGGAAGAUGCCCUCUGGACCAUGUACAUAGAAGAGGAAGUGUUUGACUGUGACAAUUUAUACCACUGUGGGACUUGUGACAGGCUGGUUAAAGCCACAAAGUCUGCCAAAUUACGUAAGCUGCCUCCCUUUCUUACUGUUUCAUUAUUAAGAUUUAAUUUUGAUUUUGUGAAGCGUGAACGAUACAAGGAAACUAGCUGUUACACGUUCCCUGUCCGGAUCAAUCUCAAGCCUUUUUGUGAACAGAGUGACUCAGAUGACUUGGAGUAUGUAUAUGACCUCUUCUCGGUUAUUAUACAUAAAGGCGGUUGCUAUGGAGGACAUUACCACGUGUACAUUAAGGAUGUCGAUCAUCUGGGAAACUGGCAAUUUCAAGAGGAAAAAAGCAAACCAGAUGUGACUUUAAAAGAUCUCCAGAAUGAAGAAGAGAUUGACGAUGAUCCACUGAUAAUUCUGAAAGCGAUCUUACUACAGGAGGAGAAUAAUGUAAUUCCUGUUGAUCAGCUGGGCCAGAAACUCUUGAAAAAGAUAGGAACGUCGUGGAACAAGAAGUACAGAAAACAGUGUGGACCACUGCGAAAGUUCUUACAGCUUCAUUCCCAGAUAUUUCUACUUAGUUCGGAUGAAAGUACAGUUAGUCUAUUGAAGAACGGUUCUCUCCAGGCUGAGUCUGAUUUCCAAAGGAAUGAUCAACACAUUUUCAAGACACUUACUUCAGAAUCCCCAGGAUUAAAUGAUAGACCCUCCUGUUCCCACUGGUUUGAUAUAAAUGAUUCCAAAGUCCAACCAAUCAAGGAAAAAGAUAUUGAACGGCAGUUUCAGGGUAAAGAAAGUGCCUACAUGUUGUUUUAUCGGAAAUCCCAGUUGCAGAGACCCCCAGAAGCUCGAGCUAAUCCAAGAUACGGGAUUCCAUGUCAUUUGCUGAAUGAGAUGGAUGCAGCCAACAUUGAACUGCAAACAAAAAGGGCAGAAUGGGAUUCUACAAACAGUAAUCUUGAGUUGCGUCUGCACCUGGGCCCUCAUUAUCAUUUCUUCAACGGGGCUCUGCACCCAGUCGUCUCUCAAGCAGAAAGCGUGUGGGAUUUAACCUUUGAUAAAAGAAAAACUUUAGGAGACCUUCGACAGUCCAUAUUCCAGCUGUUAGAAUUUUGGGAAGGAGAUAUGGUUCUUAGUGUGGCCAAGUUUGUACCAGCGGGACUUCACGUUUACCAGAUGCUUGAUGGAGAUGACCUGACGCUGUGUGAACUGGAGAUUGCAGACGGGGAAGACCUCUUUGUAUGGAAUGGGGUGGAGGUUGGUGGCAUCCCGAUUCCAACCGGUAGUGACUGCGAACCUCUGCUCUUACACGUUCUUCAUCUGGCAACAAGCAGCGAGGGGGGAAGGUGUCCGCGCUUGGUGGAGUCUCCACAUGUCUUUCCGUCCAAUGCAGAAGUGGGUGCCGUGCUCACAGCCCUGGCAGUGCCCGUGGGGGUCCUCUUCAUCAGCGCCACUGACCCUGCUGGGGAAGAGGACUGGGUCGCCAUUCCCGAGGAAGACCUGAAGAAGACGUUCAGAGAGCAGGGCCUCCGGAACCAGAGCUCGGUUCUCGUUCAGGAUUCCAGUGAUGAUAACAGUUCGUUGCUCACACAAGGGAAAUGGUUCACUGGUAUGAAUGAGAUCAGCUGGCUCCAAGUUCAAAAUUUAUGCGAAUUAGAAUCCGAAGAGAAGCAAGUUAAAGUAUCAGCAACUGUGAACACAGUGGUGUUUGAUAUUCGAAUUAAAGCCAUAAAGGAAUUAAAAUUAAUGAAGGAACUAGCCGAGAACAGCUGUUUGAGACCUAUUGAUAGAAAUGGGAAGCUGCUUCGUCCAGUGCCAGACAGUUACACUGUGAAAGAAGCAGAGCUGAAGAUGGGGAGUUCACUGGGACUGUGUCCUGGAAAAGCACCAACUUCCUCUCAGCUGUUCCUGUUUUUCACUGUGGGGAGUGAUGUUCAGCCUGGCACAGAGAUGGAGAUCAUAGUGGAAGAAACAGUGUCUGUGAGAGAUUGUUUAAAGCUCAUGCUGGAGAAAUCUGGCCUAUUGGGAGACACAUGGCAUUUACGAAAAAUGGAUUGGUGUUAUGAAGCUGGAGAGCCUUUAUGUGAAGAAGAUGCAACCCUGAGAGAACUUAUGAUAUGUUCUGGAGAUACUUUGCUUUUAAUUGAAGGAAAACUUCCUCCUCCGGGUUUCCUGAAGGUGUCCGUCUGGUGGUACCAGCCCGGGGGGCCCACAGGUCACUGGAAGAGUCAUCCGGACCAGAUGCACGGUACCCCAUCUCCAGGUGGGGUCUGGAGAGCUGCUUCCACCCAAGGUGCUCCUGGGGACUUGCACGGGGAGGUGUCCCUCCUCUACUUGGGGGACCUUGAGAUCUCCGAAGAUGCCACCGUGGCGGAGCUGAAGUCCCAGGCCAUGACCUUGUCCUCCUCCUCGGAGCGUGUCGUCCCCUCCCCAGCCUUCCUCAGAGCCUGGACCGUGGAAGGCCGGCGCCCCGGCAGGCUUUUACGAGUCAACCGGCAGCCGCUCAAGGAAUACAAACUGGGAAGGAAAACAGAGAUCUGCUUAGAGCCCCUUCAGAAAGAAGAAAAUUUGGGCCCCCAGGACGUGGUGCUGAGGACACAGAUGCGCCUCCCCGGCCAGAGGGCCUACGCCCCGUGCGUGGACCUGGUAUGGGACACCGGCCGAGGCUGGACUACUGGCUCCCUGAGGCAGCGAGUCGCCCACUUCUGCUCUCUUCCCGUGGAGAAAAUUGAAAUUGCCAAGUACUUCCCCGAAAAGUUUGAGUGGCUUCCGAUAUCGAGCUGGAACCAGCAUCUUACCAAGAGGAAAAAGAAGAAAAAACAAGAUAAUUUGCAGGGAGCGCCUUAUUACUUGAAAGAUGGAGACACAAUUGGUAUUAAGUUUUCAGAAAGCACAGCACCCCCAGCUGCUGGAAUACAAAUGUAUCCUGCGCCAUUUCUUGGACAAGAGGUCCACACCUUGGUUACAUUUUUCUCAUCUGAGAGUCUCUCCCAAGUGCACACGAGGGAGGUGAUCAGAGCCAGGAAGCCUGAACCCACAGGGGUGGCCAGCCUCAGAGUCCCUCCCAGAGUGCUGCCCGGAAUCUGCUGGUCGAGGACGACGAAGACUUCGGUACAGCCGGAGAUGACCUGGGAAGAGAAACGCAGCAGCAGCUCGCUCUGGGCAAGAAAAGCCAAGAAGCCCUUCGUGUGCAGAGCGGUGACCUCUUCUCCACUGCCAAGAUGCCUGGCCGGCCCCGUGCACCAGAAGCUUCUCUUUCCAUCCACGUUGGGAGUUUCAGAUAGCACUGGCUGCCACCGAUGUCACCGGGGGGCAGCGGGUGCAGGGGCUCCGCACUCGUGCUGCAGCUCGCCAGGUGGGGCCGUGCGGGCAAGUGGGCGGCUUCUGCCUUGUGCAGAUAGACUCCAGAUUCUCCACUUCUUUGGGCCAGGCGAGGGCAUGUCGGGGCUGCCCCGCACAGCCACACGGGGCCGGCCCAGACCUGGCGGUGUGCUCCAGCGGCCAGUCACGCGCUGCCCUCACGCCGCACCCGACCCCAGCCGCCGUCCGUAGAACACCCCCUAGGUUUGCAUUAACCGCAGGCAUGGAUAAAAUGGCCGGUGCUAACCUCGGACAGAUCUGCCGUUUGAAGUGCACACGUUCCACCUUCCCCGCCUUACACUGCUCACAGGAGGGUUUUUACCCUGAAUUGGCAGGGCUUCUGACAGCCCAGCUCACGCCGACGGGCUGGCCCGGCCUAGGCGCUGACACAGCGGGCCGUCUGUUUUCUGGUCCCCACACGGCACACGAGCCCCGUUUGGUCUGAGUUAAAAUUGAUUCUGAAGCCUCGGCUCUCCUUCCAGCUCAAGGCAAGAGAGUCGCGGCUGAAUAGGGUGUAGCUACGCCGGUGGCGGCUCGGCAGCUCCGAGGCGGUGUCCGUGGUCAGAACAUUCUCGCUGCUGCCGCCUGGAAGCCUGGCCGAGUCCGUGGUGCUGGGUAGCGUCACCACAGAAGACACCGCGGACACCGGGGCUGGGUUCGUCUUCAGAGCGCAGCCCACGCUCUGAUGUGAAAGGCCUCGGCGGCGUUGAGCACGGACCCGCGUCUGUUCCUAAGGCGGCCGGUGAGGACGCCGGGAGGCCGCACGCCCUCAGACUGGAACUGGGUCGGGAGCAGGUUCCUGGGAAGGGAAUAAACGUCACUUUCUUACCUCAGAUGAGGCUUCGCAGCAGCUCUUGCGAGGCGGGCCCAUCGCGCUGGCUUCCCGCAGCAGCGAGACGGCCCUCACGCGGUAAGAGACCAGCGUCGCAGCCGUGCCAGCGGCUCAGGGAGCGGAGGUUAGCGUGGUUGCACGUGGUUUCCGCAGAGCGCCACCCAAAGGGGAUAGCCCCCCGUGUCCCCACUUGUACUGCAGCAGCUGCGGGACGAGAAGCCGGGCUGCAGGCUGCCCUGGGGGCGCCUCACCCCAGGGUGGAGACGGCUCUGCGCUGGACCCGAGGGGUUGGGGGGCUGCGGCUGGAAGCCAGGCUUUCACUCGGACGGAAGCUCCUGGGUCUGCGCCUCCCUCCUCAGUGAACGGAGUAUUGAAGUAACUGCAGCGCUUUGCAGCAGCCGGAGGCCUGGCCGGGGGUCCGGACCGAGGUGCCCGGCGGGCAGCCUUCCUCGUCCUUCCCUCCUUCCGCGCGGGGAUGGAGUGGGGCUCCAGGGGGAGCCGUAAGAGUUUGUUAAGCCAUUCUUCGGGUUGUAGUCUCCCCGUUUCUGCUGUGUACCAACUGUUUCACGUUCUCCUUGGCUUUUUCCCCCAGGCACACUUAAGAUGCUAAAUAAACAUUUAUAUUUAGAAAUA